AUGUUGUUUACCGUAAGCUGUAGUAAAAUGAGCUCACUUGUUGACAGAGAUGACGGUAGUAUUUUUGAUGGGUUGGUGGAAGAAGAUGACAAGGACAAAGCAAAAAGAGUAUCUAGAAACAAAUCUGAAAAGAAGCGUAGAGAUCAGUUUAAUGUUCUCAUUAAAGAACUGGGAUCCAUGCUUCCUGGUAAUACUAGAAAGAUGGACAAAUCUACUGUUCUACAGAAGAGCAUCGAUUUUUUACGAAAGCAUAAAGAAAUCACUGCACAGUCAGACGCUAGUGAAAUUCGACAGGACUGGAAACCUACAUUCCUUAGUAAUGAAGAGUUUACACAAUUAAUGCUAGAGGCUCUUGAUGGUUUUUUUUUAGCAAUCAUGACAGAUGGAAGCAUAAUAUAUGUGUCUGAGAGUGUAACUUCAUUGCUUGAACAUUUACCGUCAGAUCUUGUGGAUCAAAGUAUAUUUAAUUUUAUCCCAGAAGGGGAACAUUCAGAGGUUUAUAAAAUACUCUCUACCCAUCUGCUGGAAAGUGAUUCAUUAACUCCUGAAUAUUUAAAAUCAAAAAAUCAGUUAGAAUUUUGUUGUCAUAUGCUUCGAGGAACUAUAGACCCAAAGGAGCCAUCUACUUAUGAAUAUGUGAAAUUUAUAGGAAAUUUCAAAUCUUUAAACAGUGUAUCCACUUCAGCACACAAUGGUUUUGAAGGAACAAUACAACGCACACAUAGGCCUUCUUAUGAAGAUAGAGUUUGUUUUGUAGCUACUGUCAGAUUAGCUACACCUCAGUUCAUCAAGGAAAUGUGCACUGUUGAAGAACCUAAUGAAGAGUUUACAUCUAGACAUAGUUUAGAGUGGAAGUUUCUAUUUCUAGAUCACAGGGCACCACCCAUAAUAGGAUAUUUGCCAUUUGAAGUUCUGGGAACAUCAGGCUAUGAUUACUAUCAUGUGGAUGACCUAGAAAAUUUGGCAAAAUGUCAUGAGCACUUAAUGCAAUACGGAAAAGGCAAAUCUUGUUACUAUAGGUUCCUGACCAAAGGACAGCAGUGGAUUUGGCUUCAGACUCAUUAUUAUAUCACUUACCAUCAGUGGAAUUCAAGGCCAGAGUUUAUUGUUUGUACUCAUACCGUAGUAAGUUAUGCAGAAGUUAGGGCCGAAAGACGACGAGAACUUGGCAUUGAAGAGUCUCUUCCGGAGACAGCUGCUGACAAAAGCCAAGAUUCUGGGUCUGAUAAUCGUAUAAAUACAGUUAGUCUCAAGGAAGCGUUGGAAAGGUUUGAUCACAGCCCAACUCCUUCUGCUUCUUCCCGGAGUUCAAGAAAAUCAUCUCACACAGCAGUCUCGGACCCUUCCUCUACACCAACAAAGAUCCCAACAGAUACUAGCACUCCUCCCAGACAACAUUUACCAGCUCAUGAAAAGGUGGCACAAAGGAGGUCAUCAUUUAGUAGUCAGUCUAUAAAUUCCCAGACUGUUGGUCAGUCAUUAACGCAGCCUGUGAUGUCUCAAUCUGCAAAUUUACCAGUUCCACAAGGCAUGUCCCAGUUUCAGUUCUCAGCUCAGUUAGGAGCCAUGCAGCAUCUCAAAGACCAAUUGGAGCAGCGGACUCGGAUGAUAGAGGCGAAUAUUCAUCGGCAACAAGAAGAACUAAGAAAAAUUCAAGAACAGCUUCAAAUGGUUCAUGGUCAAGGGCUGCAGAUGUUUUUACAACAGUCAACCCCUGGAUUGAAUUUUGGUUCUGUUCAACUUUCUUCUGGAAAUUCAUCUAAUAUCCAGCAGCUUGCACCUAUAAAUAUGCAAAGCCAGGUUGUUCAAACUAACCAGAUUCAAAGUGGAAUAAAUACUGGACACAUUGGCACAACUCAGCAUAUGAUACAACAGCAGACUUUACAAAGUACAUCAAGUCAGCAGAGUCAACAGAAUGUACUGAGUGGGCACAGUCAACAAACAUCUCUUCCCAGUCAGACACAGAGCACCCUUACAGCCCCACUGUAUAACACUAUGGUGAUUUCUCAGCCGACGGCCGGAAGCAUGGUCCAGAUUCCAUCUAGUAUGCCACAAAACAGUCCCCAGAGUGCUGCAGUAACUACGUUCACUCAGGACAGACAGAUCAGAUUUUCUCAAGGUCAGCAGCUUGUGACCAAAUUAGUAACUGCUCCUGUGGCCUGUGGGGCGGUCAUGGUACCCAGCGCGAUGCUUAUGGGUCAGGUGGUGACUGCCUACCCCACCUUUGCCCCACAGCACCCGCAGUCACAGACACUGUCAGUCACGCAGCAGCAGCAGAGCUCCCAGGAGCAGCCGCUCCCGCCAGUUCAGCAGCCGUCGCAGGCUCAGCUGGCUCAGCCGCCGCAGCAGUUUCUACAGACUUCCAGGUUGCUCCAUGGGAACCCUUCAGCUCAGCUCAUCCUCUCUGCUGCAUUUCCUCUUCAGCAGAGCACUUUCCCUCAGUCACACCACCAGCAGCAACAGCAGCAGCUGAGCCGGCACAGGACUGAAAGUUUGACGGAUCCUUCCAAGGUUCAGCCACAGUAG